AUGGAGGCUGAAUAUGUAGCUGCUUGCGGAGCUACUACAGAAGCCAUCUGGCUCAUAAAAUUUCUCACAGAUUUAGAAGUUGUACCAAAUAUGUCCUUGACCAUUACACUUUAUUGUGAUAACAGUGAUGCUGUGGAAAACUCUAAGGAGCAACGUAGCCACAAAUGGAAAGCAUAUAAAGUGCAACAGUUUCUUGGGAAUGCUAAAUUUGAGUUGAUUAUUUUGAAAUGUUUCUUUUUAUUUGCAUGUGCACCCAGAUAUUUUCCUCGCUUGAAGCUGGGUCAGAUUCUUGCAUCUGUAGAAGUUAAGCCUGGAUAUGGAGUAUUUGCUAUUGAUUUCAAUAUUGUAAAGACAAUCCAAUAUGAACCGCAGGAGAAAAUACGACUGUUUGUUGCUCAAAAAGAUAAUACUGAGACGUCUGCAUGCAUAAUCAGUCCUCCACAAGUUAACUUCCUUGUCAAUGGGAAGGGAGUCAACGGAAGGACAAAUGUCUACAUGGAUACUGGACCACAACUUCCAACAAAUAUAACUCAUAUGCUUAAAUUAGGAUCAAAUCUUCUCCAAGCAAUUGGUAGCUUCAAUGGUCAUUAUGUUAUAGCAGUUGCCACCAUGGGUACCGCACCAUCACCUGAGUCCUCUGUUCUGCAAGAUUAUAUACAGCCAGUUGUUUCUACUGUGGAUUCAGAUUCUGACAUAAUCGAGGGUCCAUCACGAAUAUCCCUUAAUUGCCCCAUAAGCUAUACCCGAAUCAAGGUUCCUGUGAAAGGUCGUUCUUGUAAACAUCUUCAGUGCUUUGAUUUCGGCAACUUCAUUGACAUAAAUUCAAGACGACCAUCCUGGCGCUGUCCACAUUGUAAUCAGUAUAUUUGCUUUUUGGAUAUUCGUGUUGAUCAAAAUAUGUUGAAGGUCAUUAGAGAAGUGGGUGAGAACGUUACUGAAGUGAUUAUCUCGGCAGAUGGAUCAUGGAAGGCCAUCCUUGAAAAUGAUUAUGGGGAUGGUCGGCCAUUGGAUGAUGCUCUUACCCAUCAGAACGAAAGGGCACAAGAAGAGUCUACUGCCCCUCCUGAUGUGUUAGAUCUUACUGAGGUUGAUGAUGAUAUGGACAUCUGCAAUUUGGAGACUGAAGACAUGAAACCUUGUCUUAGUAAUAAAAACCAACCGGUUUCUUCGAGUGUAGAUAUAUCAUCUGGAAUGAACAUGAAUAGCUUGAAUCAAAAUCUUGCUGCUGUCUUGGAUGAUGACUUUUGGUCUGGAAUAGUUACCGAUGGGAUUUUGACCUCAAGUUCUGGGCCAGAUGCUCCAAUGGGUAAUAGCACGCAUCCACCUGGUUUUGCUGGUGUUAUGCAAUCUACAGUCUUGACUGAUGUUGUCCCACCUGUUCUUAAUCAUGGUGUGGGGGUUCCAGCGCAUGCCAACUUUUCAUCUCCUGCAUUCUUCGAUCAAAAUAAUUUGCAGAUUCAAGUUUCGAAUUCAAAUGAAAAUAAUCAGUAUGGGAGGAUAACAUCAAUAUCAAGACCUGUAAGCAGGACGCCAAUUGCAGUUCAAGCCCUUCCUGCUCAGUCCCAAGCAGCAGGCCAGCAGUUUAGUUCAAGAACUCCAAUCAUUUCCUCUGCUCCUCAAGUUGGACAAAGCAUUCCGAAUAUCAGAGAUGGUUUAAAUACGGUAUCUCGUGAUUUAGAAAGGAGACAACAAUUUUCGAGACAUCAUGGAGAUUCACAUCAUGCAACAAACCUAGCUUCAUUUCACCACCCACAAACCAUGCAGAACCGCGAUCCUCAAGAUCGUUCUUUCACUUCUGUUCAAUCUGUUCAAGCAUCGACUGGUCUAAGGUCAUCCACGGGGCUAUUAACAGAUUUCCAAAAUUCUCACCUUCAGCAAGCUCUCAAUUUGAGGAUGUCCCACCUCCGGAAUCAGAACUCAAGCAUUGUCCGUCCAUCUUUGCCAUUCUCAAGACCUAUGAGUCAAGUAGGAGGUGGAUAUGGUGGAUCUGCUUAUACAGCAGUAACACCUAAUAGUCAACAUGCAAGAAUGAUGGCUGCUUCCCAGCGAGCUGAGAUGAUGAGACAAUCUUCAGGCAUGUCAUUUCAAAAUCAAACUUCCAGAUCCCCCCAUUCUCUCCAAACUACUCCUGAUGGGCUUAGGAGACCAGCUGGGGAGCUGAGAAAUGUUGGAGGAAUGUCUCAGUCUGUUGCCAUGGCUGCGGGUUCGGUAGAUCUGUCAGCAGAACAGAACUGGCAGCCCGCAGGUCGAAUGCGUGGCAGUAUUUCCGGUCGAGCUUAUUCUGAUACUUAUGGUGUAAUUAUUCAGCCAACUCAAGCUGCACAGUCUGCUCGACCGCCAUCUCAUUUGACACCUACUCAACCCAAUACUCCAUCCACGCAGGCCCAAAGGUCCAAUGGAUUGGAUACACACGUUCCAAGAACAUAAUAUUACAUGUUGAAGAAUUUCUUGCUCUUACAAACAUUGACUGGAUGUACAGGUGCUCUUCCGUUUCCUAUGGCUCCUUUUAUCAAGUUAGUAAAAAACUUCUACCUGAGGUAUUUAUUCAUUAUACCAUGCCAAAUUUUGUCCACUGCAGGUCAGUUGUAAAGUUUUCCUUGUAAUUAGCUAGUAGGUACCCUUGUUUUAUACAACCUGUCCUGUGUGGUGAACUUCAAAUAGGUUUGUUAAGUUUCCCCCCGCAUCGUUGCAAACAAAUUUUAGCUCUGAAUCCGUGAAAGAAAUUUUUAACAGGGAAAUUGGGUCAUGGAGACGCUUUGCAUGAAUAGUUGCACAAUGAAAAAUAUAGAACUCUGAUCUCUAACUAGAAGGUUUAGUUGAAAUUUCUAA